AUGAUUCCUAUAUUUUCAAGUUCUGAAUGCAUCGAAAAACCUCUUGAUGUCGUUAGAUAUUUACUUGAACUUGAGUCAAAUUCAAGUGAUCAGUUGGCUUUAGGUCAGGCAACUAUUCCAGAAUAUUUUAAAACUAUUUUCGAACUUGGAGGAAAAGUCAAUCAGAUACCUUCAUUGAAUGAUGUUUCUUGUGUGUAUGAUAUUCCGCAAUAUACACUUGUACGCUUUCGUGCCAUGAUUCAAAAUACUGGAUUUGGUCACGAAGUUUUUGUUAGUUCUUAUGAAAUGGUCAAUAAUGAUGGCAUAAAGCAAAGGAAAUUUCAUAAAUAUUCAGAUGAAAUUAUCCUUAAGGAUGAGAAUUUAAAUGAUGUAUUAGAAAGUCUAAAUUCUCCUACUAAUGAAUUUAGCGAGAGGCAAUUAUUUUAUUGCACCUCUGUUCCCGGAGAGACGCAGUCUCGAUUAAAAUCUGUAACAGAUAUUGAAGGUUUACAUCCAAAUAAUUUGAAUAAAAAACAUAUGGCGGCUGUGGUUAAGAUUUAUGAGAAAGAGGAUUCAUUUAAAGUUACAGAUGUUGUUGAAUUUAUUGGAGUACUUAAUUAUCCGAGAAAGGCGACUAACGAUGCGAAUGAAUCGCAAUGCGAAGAAUUUAAUGUCCUUUAUGAAAAUACUGCAUCUUGUUAUACUCCUAGCGUGCAUGUGAUAUUUUAUAGAAAGCUUCAUCCAACAGGAAAUCCGUUAAUACCCACUACAAAUUUAUCUG